GCGAGAUGGCGCUCAGCUCGGCCUGGAAACAAAUGUCGUGGCUUUAUUACCAGUAUCUCUUGGUCACCGCGCUCUACAUGCUCGAGCCUUGGGAGAGGACGGUGUUCAAUUCCAUGUUAGUGUCCAUCCUUGGAAUGGCUCUGUACACUGGCUAUGUUUUCAUGCCUCAGCAUAUUAUGGCCAUACUACACUAUUUUGAAAUUGUGCAGUGAUGAAGAACAUCACACACAGUGACCAGUCGGAAGCUAAGAAUCAGAUUGCUAAGAAGAACUGACCUUCUACAAUUAAGGGUUUCUACAGAUGACAAAACAAGCAAAACGUGGUGAUUGCCAGUGGUGCACAUGCAAGGAUGCAACUUGCCUUGAGUUCUGGUGGCAUUUUCUUCCUUUAUGAAAUUUCCUUGUAUAGUAAUUUUUGUCUAUUAACAUUGUGAUUGUUUGUACCUUUGAUAUCAGUAUUUUCUUAACUUUGUGACAGUCUUAGUAUUACACUGUGAAAGCUUUUCUUAAUGUAACUUGAGUACAUUUUGCCUUCUAUUUUUAAUCAAAGAUCAUCUUAUUAAAUGGGGCUUAAAGCUUUUGCUAUUGUAUAAGUUACAUGUCCAUCUGAGUAUAUUUCUAGUAACACAUUUUGUAAGAAAAAAGUGUUUAGAUUCAUAUAGAGAUGUGGAUAUAUUCAUGAAAUCUUUCUUACAAAACCUUGUUUGUAAGACCUAACUCAGGUGCUUCAGUUGCUAACUGGACUGUUGAACAGAAUAUUUGGUAUCUAUUUUGCUUUAGCAAUAAAUGGAAAGCCUUUUGUGUUUCAUUUGGAGAAUGUGACAACUUACUACUGUAUGUAUGGAACAAUAUUGUGUCAAGGAAAAGUGCUGGACCCAACUCUUGUCUGCACAUAAAAGAUUUAGUUCAUUUGCUGCAUGCCAACUUGGGUUUUGUGAUAGCACCAUAAUGCUGCUAUUAUAGCUUCUAAUAAAUAGAAAUGCACUUGUUUAUGUUUAUUUUCCAAGGAGCAUAUUUUACUAGACCCUGGCUAUAGCUGUUGUCUAUAGUAUAAUCAUGUCUGUGCUCUGAACCCAUUGUUGUAACUAUUGUUCAGACUCCUUUGAAUACUUAGACCAAAUGACCAAAAUUCAAAUUUUGAUUUGGACUAGAGUUAAAACCAGCAAUAUGGAACAGUCUACUAGGCUUAAGUCAUGUCUUAGUUUUUAUAGCUUUUUUCAGAUUUGUAUUCUGAAGUGUACAAUGGCAAUUUUUAAGGUGGGGUUAUUUUUUUCCAAAAAUAAAAGUUGAAAGCAGA